AUGUGUCAUUGUCCAGAUACAAUGCAAAUUCCGAGGAAAUAUUAUGGUAUUGCAUUAAGACAAUGCGAGGAGAUGUCAAAAACAUAUGUUGCUACUAAUGGCAAACAUGAGGAUGCUAGGAUCAAAGAUUUGAUAAUUAUUUUUUAA